AAAAAAAAAGCAUUCACACAAGUUUGUAACAACUUGAGUGUGAAUAAAUGGGAACUGUAUCUCUUUGUUAACCAUGAAUUAAUAAAUAAAAACAUCUGUAGUCUAAAAAAUGCAGCCAGACUGUUUGUCAGUAGACUUUUAGCUUACAUCCAAAGCAAAGUCUAUUAAAGCUCUAGAUUCACAACUUCUCCUUAAAUGAAACCUUACAGUAAAUGUCUUAUAUGUCAAUCAUAAUCAGAUUUCGUAUUUCCCCAUUUUGAGCUUGCAGCCCUUGUAUGUUUUCAGCACCUUUAUCAAUUCAUCUGCCACCAUUAUAUCCUGCCUGUAGAAACUAACAGCACUUGAAACUUGUCCUUCAGACUAUCUGCUAAAUUUUAUCAGUAAAUAUAAAAUACUGGACUCAUUCAGACAUCUUACAUUAAUUUCAGUGAUGUAAUGGGGAUCACACAGUAAAGCUUGCAAAUCCCACACACUUCCAGCCGUCUGGAUUUCCGGGUUGGAAUUCCCGAAAUUUGUCUCUUGUGCGGGAAAUGAGCAACCUAAAUACGGGCAGCGGCGUACCGGAAGCGGUGAUCUCCCGGCUCCGCUAACCGGACCAUUUAAAAUAAUACGAAACCGAAAUCAGUCUAGUCCACUCCUCUGUUGCGUCACCUUAUUAGUCAAUUCAUUGGCUCGUUCCACCGCCCACUGCUUACAUUAGAAAGAGCGUAGUUUAAAUCAUGAGCAGACACUCACUGCAGCCCAGAACAGCUGCCUCAGGAUUCCUUUAACUCGCCUUACAACUCACUUCGUAGAAAUGACCGCAAUACGGAACAUUACCAAUUGACUGGUUCUGAGAGUAUACAUGCAAGCAUUUUCAUCUUUACUGUCGAAGAGCAUCCGUGGAUUUGGAGAUGCCAGCUGCUGUCAUGGAAAACUUUGACCGAGGAAGUCCUUUUUCUCAAAGUGAUUCUCAAAGUCCUCAAGAAUGGAACACAUCAGAUCGCAGAGAGAAAAACAGAGAUGCAGCUCGCAAGAGUCGCAAGAAACAAACCGAGAAGGCAGACUUGUUGCAUGAGGAACUCCAGACUCUAGAGCAGGCUAAUGCUGCAUUUGUAAAAGAAAUUGCUGAUCUGAAGAAGCAGCUACAAAUCUACAAAACAGCUUUGGAACAGCAUGAACCUCACUGCACUAAACUAGGUUCAUUUGGACCACCAGCUAGUGUGUCAGGAGCUCCAUCCACAGCAACACCCUCUACCUCAGAUUACGUUUCGAGUCCAAACCUCUUGGCGGACAUUACAUUCUUACCAAACACUAAUUCAGUGUCACUAACAGAUCUCUUCGACUGGACUCCUUGGGACUCAAUGAAUGAUAAUGGGUUUCAGCUUUGAAGUGCUGUACAGUCAGGUACUGUACAUUUUAAGUUGGUGACAAGUUUGAUGACUUACACACUACUACAGAAAGAUUUUUACUGGGCUUAAAAAUGGUGCUAUAACAUAAGCAAGAUGUGGAAAUGUUUCAUUUUAUAAUUUAUUCAAAUAUUAUUUACAGAUGGCAAUAAUUAAAUUGCAUGUAGCUUUGUGUUUAAAAUGGGCAUUAUUUUAUAUAUGUAUAUAUUUCUACAAGACUACAGCCUUUUAUGGCUAAGUAAUGCUUUAUUUUGUAAAGAGAACUUCCUUUCUAUUUUUAUAAAUUAUGUUUUGUUGACUUAUAAAUUGUUAAUAUUUAAAUAUAAAUCAAUCAUGGCGUGUAGUAAUAUCACUGUUUUAUGAGCAAUGCACUUUGUUCAGGUCAGUGACUAAAAUGUCUUAUUAACGUUUUUGCUUUAUUCAGAAAGUAAAAGAAAUGUAAAAGAUUAUAUACAGUUGAAUUCAGAAUUAUAAGCCCCCCCCCAACCCCCUCCCUUUGAAUUUCUUUCCUCUUUUAAAUAUUUCCCAAAUUAUGGGUGAGCGAGGACAUUUUCACAGUAUGUCUGAUAAUAAAUUUUUCUUCUGGAGAAAGUCUUAUUUGUUUUAUUUCGGCUAGCAUAAAAGCAGUUUUUAAUUUUUUAAAAAACAUUUUAAGGUCAAUAUUAUUAGCCCCUUUAAGCUUUUUAGUCUACAGAACAAACCAUAGUUAUACAAUAACUUGCCCAAUUACCCUAUCCUGCUUAGUUAGCCCAAUUACCCUAUAGUUAACCCUUUAAAUGUCAAGCUGUUUAAGCUGCAUAGAAGUGUCUUGAAAAGUAUCUAGUCAAAUAUUAUUUACUGUCAUCAUGGCAAAGAUAAAAUAAAUCAGUUAUUAGAAAUGAGUUUUUAAAACUAUUAUGUUUAGAAAAGUGUUGAAAAACUUCUCUUUGUUUCACAAAAAUUGGGGUAAUAAACGAGGUGUAAUAAUUCAGGGGGCCUAAUAAUUCUGACUUCUUCAACUGUGUGUGUAUGUACGUAUGUAUGUUUGUGUGUGUAAAAAAAUCGUGUCGUCCUUAAACGAGUGAAACAUGUUUUGUGUUGUAUAUGGUUACUUGAUUUUUAGAAUCAAUAAAUUGAAUGUGAUAUA